AUGCCUCCGAAAUCGAGUAAAAAUAGUGCACCAAGUCUUUAUAAACAAUUUCUUAGUGCUUAUAUAGGUGCUCAUCCUAAUGAGGAUAAAAGUGUAAGACAUCGUGCUGCAGUAGCUGAAUGGAGACAAAUAAAAUGUAAUGAAGAAUAUGUUAAAGAAAAAACCGAAGAAUACAUAGAAAUUUUCACUCAACUUUUUGGUACUUCGUCAAAUGUAGAUCGCGAACAUAUUUCAUCAUCUAUAAAUUCACAUGAACGAAAAAGUACUCGACGUAAAGCAUCAAAAAAAAAUAAAGCAGAUGAUAAAUCAAAUGAAGAUGAAGACGAAGAUGAAGAUGAAAACGAAAACGAAGACGAUGAUGAUGAUGAUGAUGAUGAUAAAGAUGGUGACAACAGUAAAAAAAAAGUUUAUUUCAAUAUAGAACGUAAACCAGCGAAGAACGAAGUUAAUUUUGAUGAUCCCACAAAAUUAGUAUCUAUACCUGAUGUUCCAUUAGAACCAGUUGAUAUGAAAAAAAGACAACCGGCACAACAUCGUGCAUUUAAAGAAUUGAGUUCAAUUAAUCAACGUAUUGCUUCUUUAAUACAAAUUAGACAAAUGGGUUUAUUAUCAGGAGAAAAUAGAAAACAACUUAAACAAUUAAUGAAAGAUAGAAGAAAGAAAUCUUAUGAAUUAAGACGUCUUCAAUUAAAAGUCAAAGCUUCAAAUAAAUAUCGAACUAAACGACGAAAACUUGUUGAAGAUUUAUUUGAAACAAAACCGGAAUUACGUCCUCAAUUAAAUAAACUUUAUCGUAAAGGUGGUGGCCGACCAAGAAUUGAAGAACAAUACCCUGAUUUAUUACAAACUAUUGAAGAAAUUGCUAAAGUUGGAGGUGCAAGUGAUAAAGGACGUCGAUCAGAAACUAUUCGACCUUGUUUAACAUUAGAUGAUUUAAGAGAAAAACUUAAACAAAGAGGUAUUCAUGUAAAAAGAACAACACUUUAUUAUCGUCUUUUACCUCAUCGUGCUUCUUCUAUUGAUGGUCGUCGCCAUGUAUAUACUGUACCUGUUCGUCUUCGUCGUGCUCAAAAUGAUGAACAUGGCAAACAUGAAGAUGGUCAUUUUGCUGCUGCAACAAUUCGUUAUAUAAGAGAUUUGGCAUCUAUAUUUGGUAAUGAAUGUGUAUUAUAUUUAUCUCAAGAUGAUAAAUGUAAAGUUCCAAUUGGUUUACCGGCAGCUCGUGUUCAAGCACCAAUGUUAAUGCAUUUAGAUUAUCGUAUACGUUUACCAGAUCAUGAUUGGACAGUUGCACCUCGUCAUCAACUUACACCAAGUGUUUAUGCUGUAUGUCUUCUAUCGGAAGAUGGUGAUUUAAGUCAUUCGGGACCAACAUAUAUAGCAAUACGUUCAGCAAAACAUGAUCAAUCAAGUGCUGAUACACAUGGACUUGAUUUUGAACGUCUUGUUUCUUUAAAAGAAUUUGAAAGUGUUGCACGAGAUAAAACAAGUCAAGUUAAACCAAUUGUCAUUAUAACAGUUGAUGGUGGUCCAGAUGAAAAUCCACGUUUUCCAAAAACACUCGUAGCUAGUAUUAGAAAAUUUAAAAAAUAUAAUUUAGAUGCUUUGUUUUGUCUUACACAUGCUCCAGGUCAAUCAGCUUAUAAUAUUGUUGAACAUCGUAUGGCACCAUUAUCUCAUGAUUUAGCUGGUCUUAUAUUACCACAUGAUCAUUUUGGAUCACAUUUAAAUGAUUCAGGUGUUACAACAAAUAUCGAUUUAGAAAAAUUAAAUUUUCGUAAAGCUGGACAAAUCUUAGCUGAAACAUGGAAUCAAACAAUUGUUGAUGGUUUUCCAUGUUUUGCAGAAUAUAUUAAUCCACCAGCAACAACAGAAGAAGAACGAAGACAACUUACUGUUAAAUCUGCUAUAGAUGAACUUUUACGACAAAUUUGUGCUGAAGAAGAAGCUGAAGAAGGACAUGAAUUUCGUAUUUCAGCACGAGAUGAAUAUCAUCAAGAAAAUUCUCGUCCAGCAAGAGAAAGAUUUGGUGAACAACAACCUAAAUAUGAUAUCGAUGAAUAUUGGUGUGCAACACAUGUUUUACAAACACAAUAUACUUUGCAAAUUAUUCGUUGUAAUAAUAUUGAAUGUUGUGGACCAUGGCGAUCAAAUUAUGUUCGAGUUUUUCCACAUCGAUUUUUACCAGCACCUGUACCAUUUGAACGAACAAUUUAUGGUAUUCGAAUGGCAGAUAGAGAUUAUCAAAAAGGACAAUUUUAUGGUUCAUUAUUUCAACGUAUUCAAUUUCAUGGAAUUGUUAAUCAACAUACACAAAAUGAAAUGUUACCAUUCGAUUAUUGUUGUGCAUCAGCUAAAAAGGAAUUAAAAAAACGAACAUGUCAAAUAUGUAAUCAAUAUAUUCCAUCAGCAUAUCGAAUGAAAAGUCAUUAUAAAAUUCAUGCGCAACAUUAUGAUGAUUAUAAUCAUGAUCAAGAUGACACAUUACCACCAUUAGAUGAUAGUGCAUCAUCAACAGCAACUCCAUCUGCAUUAAAAACAGAAUUAUUAGAAUGGCUUAGAUCAGAUUUUGAUUCAGAAUCACAAUCAACUCAAAGUGCUAGUGAUCGAGUUACGGAUUCUUUAGAAAAAUUACGUGUUAAUGAAAAGAAAGAUUGA